CAACCGCCAUCUCAUCAAUCAGGAGGUCAAGUGAAGUGGCCAGCCAGUUACGGCUGCGGUUGCAGCCCAACAAAAGAGAGAGCGGCAGCAGAGCAGAGCAGAUAGCUCCCCAAUCCACGAGAAAACAAGGUCUAGGGGAGGGGGCAGCAAGCUGCUGCAGCUCGACAAGCGACCCGUCAUAUCUAUCCGGCCAUGUCGUCCCAGUCCAUCAGCUGCUCCCCGCAAGACGGGACGCCGCUGGAGCUGCUGGACGAGUACUGGUUCUUCAGCAACACCCUCGCCAACAGCAACAACAAGCCGCCCAGGUCGUCUGCCAAGGAUCGGGAACAGCACAGGCAGCAGCAGCACAGGCUCCUACUCCGGACUCCGUCGCUCCCGUCGCCUCACGUCGGGAUGAUGGAGGAGAUGCCCAACGACCGGCUGCCGGUUGCUGGCAGUGGCCGUGCCAAUCGACAGCAACAACAGCCAGAGGCAGAGCACGUGGAGGUGGACGACGACGACCUCAACUGGAGCUCCAUCUACGAGGGCGUCCUGCGCACCAGGAUGGCCGAGGGUGGCAGGUCGGCGCUGCGCCGGGCACCGUCCAUGCCCGUCCCAUACUCCGCUGGUGAAAUUGAAUCACGGCGGCGGCGCAGCGAGGUCCGUUCGCCGAGCGCCAGCCAGCCGCGGCAGCAGCAGGAGGCCGGGCCCGUCCUGCCGCGCUCCAGGAGCGUGUUCCAUAGCUCCAGCGACCUGGAGUCGAUCGAGGUGCAGGGAUUCAGGGACCUGGGUUUCGUCUUCCACGAGGCGGAGCUGAGGGAGAGCCUGGCCGGCGUCCUCCCGGGGCUCAAGCAGGCCAAGAGCACCCGCAGCCGAAGCAGCAGCGGCAGGCCUUACCUGUCGGAGGCGUGGCAGCAGCGGCCGCCGGCGCUGGUGCGGUCGGAGGCGAGGUCCGCAGCGGAGAUGAAGGACCAGCUCCGGAUGUGGGCGCAGGCCGUCGCGUGCAACGUGCGACAAGAGUGUUAGCUGGCUGCUGCAAACCCAGCCAGACGCCCAGACCAUACAAAUCAUCACCACCAUCAUACUACUUACUUGGAUCAGAUCAGUUUUGUUACACCCCAUGUACUACUUACUAUAUAUACAAUUACAUUUGGAUUGGAUCCUCUUUUCUUUCAAAUUCCACACGGAUAGAUGGGGAUGGCAAUUAAUGGAUACUUAGCUUA